AGUCAACGGUGUUAUAUCGGUGUAGUAAAGGCGUCGGCCGCAAGUUUGUUUAUGUUUAAUGUAACACUGUUUGGUGAUUCAUAAAAUAUCGAUCGUUCAGUGUAGUGUAGUAUCCAAGCAGUCGCUUUGGUUUUGUAAACAUGUCUUCAACAGAAUUUAAGAUUAAGAACUCGCCGAUUAAACUAAAAGUGCGUGUGCUUCAUGUGGUCAGACUGGUAUUAGCAAGAAUAGCAAGGUUCUUCUUCAGUUUAUAUUACGGCACAGAGGGUGUUAAAAUUCCAGCGAUUUCUGAUGACAUACUGAAGCAGCCAGCUAUCGAAGUCGCACGAAGAAUUAGGAAUAAAGAGAUAACGAGCGUGAAAGUGCUACAGAUAUGUAUAAAGCGCAUAAAAGAUGUGAACUCUGCCCUUAAUUGUUUCGUCGAAGACCGCUUUGAAUUGGCUCUCAAAGAAGCGCAUGAGGCAGACGAGUUCAUUCGAAACGGCACCAAGACGUCAGAACAACUAGAAAAAGAGAAGCCCUUCUUGGGUGUUCCUUUCACGACUAAAGAUUGCAUAGCUGUGAAAGGACUACAUCAUACUGCGGGAGUGAUGUUAAGAAAAGAUGUAGUAGCCGAUCAAGAUGCUGACGUCAUCAGAUUGCUGCAAGAAAAGGGCGCCAUAAUAAUCGGACUCACCAACGUCCCUGAACUUUGCAUGUGGUGGGAAUCCCAUAAUCAUAUCCAUGGCAGAUCUAACAAUCCGUACAAUACGACAAGAAUUGUCGGUGGUUCAUCGGGAGGAGAAGGAGCUAUUCAAGCAGCUGCUGGGAGUAUUUUUGGAGUUGGUUCUGACAUAGGAGGAUCCAUCCGCAUGCCUGCCUUUUUCAAUGGAAUCUUCGGACACAAACCUUCAAAAUUUAUGGUCUCCAACAAAGGACAAUAUCCGAUACAGGACUCGGAACUAUUGAAUUCCUUUUUAGGUAUCGGUCCCAUGACAAGACACGCAGUAGAUUUAAAACCACUUUUGAGUAUUAUGGCUGGGGAAAAUAGUCCAAAACUAAAAUUAGAUCAACCAGUUGAUAUUACCAAGCUCAAAAUUUACUACCAGCUUAGCAAUGAUGCGCCUUUGACAGAUCCCGUCGACCCUGACAUUAAGAUGGCGAUGAGGCGAGUAGUAGAGUACUUAAAGUUGCAAUACAGCAUAAAAACAGAAGAAAUUAAGAUACAAUUAUUACAAAAAUCAAUGCCUAUUUGGAUGGCCACAAUGAAAGAAAAAACAAGGUUUCAAAGUCUUAUCAUGAAAAAGACGGGAGUAGGAGCCGUUUUAACGGAAUUAGUUAAGAAUGCUAUUGGCUGUUCUGACAAUACUUUGAUUGGUCUUUUAACAGCUAUAUCAGAUCGGACUGGAGCACAAUUUGGGAGUGAGAAGUAUAAAUAUUACUUAAAAGUAAGAGACCACUUAGAGAAAAUAUUCACUGAUAUGCUUGGUGAAAAUGGUGUUUUCUUAUAUCCAACACAUCCAACACCAGCACCAUACCACAAUGAACCAUUACUAAAAGCAUUUAACUUUUCUUAUACUGCCAUUAUAAAUUGUCUUGGAUUGCCGGUAACUACAGUGCCUUUAGGAUUGGGUCGUGAGGGACUACCAAUUGGCAUACAAGUUGUGUCUAACCACAACAAUGAUAGAUUAUGUUUUGCUGUAGCUGAAGAAUUAGAUAGAACGUUUGGAGGCUGGGUAGAGCCACAAAAAUCAUAAUUUUACAAAUUAUCUAUAUGUGAAAUAAAAAUGUUUGAAUUAAUUAUCUCUAUAUUUCUUAUAAUCUUGAUAAAUGUUGUUGUUACAGUGAAUAUUUUUAAUAAAAUAUUUUAUAGAAUA